AUGGAAAAUUUUUCUAAAGAAUUUGCCAGCACCCAAACAAAAGUAUAUCUUAAUUCGCUGGGUUAUUACUUAGCGCAAAGCGACCACGAAUUUAAUUUCAAGCAUCUUACAGCGUAUACUGCUAAAUAUGCUAAAGGAUUGGAUGAACUUGAGGAAAAGCCCAGCUGCGCUCAAUUUAUAUUCAAAUCUGAGGACAUAGCUAACUCUGUGGUUAUUCUAACUUCUGAUCCCAAAUUGAUGAUGUGCAUGAAGAAAAUAAAGAAAUCUGAAUAUGAGUUGAUCUUUGUGAAACUGAAUGACGAUAUAAAGACCGUUAUAGAAACCUUUAAGAAAUGGAAUAGAGAAAACAAAGAUUUUAUUCUUUGGGAAUUUAUUAUAUAUUCCUCUGAGCCAUAUAGCCCAAAUCACCCAUAUUGUGAAUCGACCGAAGUCCAAUUGUUAGUUAAUAUAAGUGAUGGUAAAAAGUUGCUAUGCUUUUAUACUGAUGGGAAAGUUCUAUUAAUUAAUGAGAAUUUGGGUUUCAUGCCAGUUGAAAGCAGUAUAAGAAUGGUCAAGAUUUAA